GGAUAGGGGGGGGGGGGGAAAGCCCCAAGAAGAAGAAGAAGAAGAAAAAGAAGAAGAGGAGGAGGAGGAGGAGGAGGAGGAGAUUGUGUGUGUGUGUGUGUGUGUGUGUGUAUGUGUGUGUGUGUGUGUGUGUGUCUGUUUUGCCGCAUUGAAGAAGAAGAAGAAGAAGGAGGAAGAGGCGGUGGAGACUCGUCCAACAGGGCGAUGCCCACCAGCUUACCUGGCGAUGGCGAGGGGCAGCAGGCACGGUCAGCAGUCUACGGGCAAGGGCGAUGGGGAGCAGCCGAUGGGCGAUGGCGACGGGCAGCAGUCGAUGGGCAGCAUGCGACGGGCAGCAGCGGACGGGCACCUUCGGCAGUGUCGACGGGCAGCAGCGGACGGGCACCUUCGGCAGUGUCGACGGGCAGUGUCGACGGGCAGCAGCGGACGAGCCAAGAAUCGCCGCGUGAUUUCGCGACAACGAAGAUUGGAUUGCGUGCACAUCGCCGAGAUGGUGAUGACUUGGACGAGCUGAUGGAAUUUAACGAAGAAGACUACGCCGAUGUGGAUUUGGCAAAGGUGGAGAAGCUGCGGCUUAAUCUGGAAGAAAUUGAAAGGGAGUGUCGUAUGCUUAUGAACGACUUCUGCAUCCUUCGACGGCGAGCCGCAGAGCUGGGAUGCGGUGAAGCGGGUGCAUAUGAAGAACUGGUCAAACUGCUUGAGAAGAAGUUGAAUGGCAAGCGCCAAAUGCGAAAAUUUGCAAGAAAUGCGGUGAGCCUCUCCUUGAAGACGGCAACACACCAUGAAGCGAAGAAUACGCAAACUGCAAAGAUGCUGCACAUCUCGUGGAUCAUCGACAAGGCAACCUGGAGCUUGAUCUGCGACAGAAAGCCAUUUGCGGAAGCUAGUAUCGAGAGCAUGGUGCUGGAUCUUGUUCGAGGUGUUAAUGACAAGCACGAGACAGAGACAUCAUUCACAACAAGGGAGUUCAAGAUCAAGAACCUCUUACCCAAUCCAAAAUUCCACAGUGUCUUGGCACCUUGGAAUCCUCCUGCUGAUUGGGGCAAGGAUCAUAUGUUGUCUGUCAUCGCUAAGCAAGGUGCACCUGUGAACGGAAUCCCUUCGAUUGAAAAUCUUGAGGAGUUUGUGAAGCCGAAAGUCCCACAUCCACAGGGAAGCAAGAAGUCGAGGCGGAGAUACUCGCAAUCAUCAGUGUCAGUCCCUCCUGGGGCGGAUAUUGCGCAAACAACUUCAUUGGCUAAUACAGCGCCGCCUUGCAGUGUGGACUCGGACCCCCCUUUGAUGAGUGUGCAUAUGCCGUCCAGUUUCUCUGCGGCGAGCGGGACGCUCGCAGCUCCUAAUUCUGUGGAUAGCAAAGGAGAGCUGGCGAUUGUGGAACGAAGCUUAGAUAUGCCAGAUGUCCCAAGAACGCGCCAAGGACGGAGGUCGAGUCAUGGUGGUGGUUCUGGCAUGCACCGGCUUGGAGAGGACGAGCUGGACCCUUUUACAAAUCAUCACUGCGGAAAGUCUUUCGGCAACAGUGGGCAGCUUGUACUUCAAUCUGGCUGUAAUACAACGGAGCAGUCAAAGACGAAAGAUAUUAGGAAACCAAGCAGCAAGAAGCCACCCAAUGAUCAACAGAGAGAGGACAGCCACAGCAAGGCCUCUAAACGCUUGCACUUCAAAGCGAUCAGACUGGUCCAGGAUCGCAAGUUCAAGGAUGUUUCAGGCUCAGCUCAGGGAAGGUCCAGAGAAGGUUCUCUUCAACUGGCGCAUACUCAGAGCGGAGAUCUUCAUCUCAGCGACAGCGAUCAUUAUGGUAAUGAGUACCAAUCGGGAGUUUAUCCUAGUGACAGAUAUAACCACUCUGACAGCGGUACGAACACGGGUUAUUGCUCUGCAGCCUGUGCGGAGCAUCUGUCAAGGACAAAUUCGAAAGAUUCCAGAGGGGGCCUUGAACUCGAACACGAGAGAGCCGGCGAGGGGUUCGUGCUAUCGAUUAAGGGUCUUUUCAACGAACAGCGAAAGAAAGCAAAGGCAUUCAUGAAGAAGCAUAUACGGGUGCAGGAGCAGCUACGGCGGAAAAACAGCUCCGACGAAGAGGAUCCGAAUCCAGGAGGAGGAGGAAAAGCGAAGAGGCUACUCCGCCGGCAUACACGGAAGUUACGGGAGAAGGCUGGAAAGGGUAUGGCAUCCUUUGCAGAGCGAUUCAAGGGCUCGUCGCGGAUUUCGUAUCAGCGCGAAGGAUCUUCACAGGAGGACUCAGAUGCUGGAGAGGUGGACAACUAGCUGAGGUAGGAAGUCUGAAAUUUUCAGUGGAUUCAGCAUUCUGGGAAUAGUUAACAUAUUGAAGGUGUCUUGGUUGUGCAUCUGGUCCAAGGGGAUACUCUUUGUGUUCCAGCACAUCCCCUUCCAUGUCCUACACCAUCCACCUUCCUUGUUCUUUCGGACACCUCCUCUCAACCCACAAUUCUGGCUUAUUCUGGCGCCAUGAGAAUCGGGAGCAGACUAUGAAACACCUCCCUCGGUGUUUACCAAGCAUCAGAGUCGCAAUGCAAUGUUAAUUUUGUGUGGAGUUGUUCUUUCUACUGAUGGCGAUGAUGGGGACACCUGCUCUCAUUCUGGGUUGUUCUGGCAUGAAUAAGAAUCGGGAGCGGAUUUGGAGCACGCCCGGAGCGGGCUACAUGCCCGUUUCAUGAUCGAAAAGGAUGAAACACUUCCUUUGGUGGCAAUCAAGCAUCAGAGUCGCAAUGCAACGUCAAUUUCCUUUGGAGUUUGUCCUCUACACGGAUGGCUAUGAUGGGAGAGUGUUUCAUCCCCACGUCAGUAUGCUGGCAAGUCGCGACAUGUAUGCGGUGUUACGAUCAGUACAGCAGAUUGAAGGAGUGUGUCUUCUCCUCUUCAGAAUGAGUGUCUUGUUCUAUGCCGCCCCUUCCGCAAGUGAUUUUGCUUUCGAUAACACACGUGGAGGAUGACGCAAUCGAAGCACAAAUUGCAGGGAGGCAGACAAUUAUCAAGGUACCAGUGGCAGGUGUUCUAUGGGAGGCACAAGCUGUAUGUGGGGCUUGUGUAAGGGAGGAUAGGGUGGGUAUCUUGGACCCUGAAGAAGAUUCUGGAGAGAUUUGCUGAGAAAGUGCAAGUGCGUCGGAUGCUCGCAAGCAAGCUGACUACAUGGUUUGGGUCGUCGAUCCGACGACGAGAAGUUGGUCCCAAUCAGCUUGUAAAGUCGAUAAAUAAUAACGAUAGGGUAAGUCGUCGGGAGACGUAAGAAGAUGGUUGGCUCGCUGUGAACGUGAUCUUUGGGGGGCGUGCUGGGAACAGGAGACAUAAGAAGGAUGGUGGGGUCACUCUGAAUGCAUCUUUGAAGGCUGGGAAGCCGGUCAUGCACACCUCCACUGUGCCAAUUUUCAUGUGGUACGAUCGCUGCAAAGCGGGUGGCAAGUGUCCUCACGAGUGUGUUCAAUACAUGUUGGUACCUUGGUACACAAGGUAGGGCUUAGCUUGCAUACGGGGAACACGCUCCUCAACAUCUCCUACCUUACAGUGGGCUGGUCUCAAUUGUGGUUUGCAGCAGUGAGGGCGCCAGCAGAUUUGCCACCAUACGACGAAAGUGCAGCCCGCAAGUUGGUCAUGCACUCCUUUCGUCUCCUAUCAUAGGUUGACCAACGUUGCAGUCCGUUUAGCAACCACGCUCGAUCUGAAUCAGGUAUUAAUUGUUCACACACGUCUGGGAAAGUCUGAAGUCGACUAUGCUCCUCAUUCGCCUACGGUUCUACACGUUGAAUGGUAAACAGGCAAAUUGUCAAGCUGCAUGCUCAGCCUCCUAGCUUGGGAUUGCGGCAAUUGCCGGUCGCAGCGUCAAGGCAGAUUUAUGGCUUCAUCAAUGUUCAACCACUAGUACCUCCGCGCCUAUUUUCGACAAGUACUGGUCUACCUCCGAACUUUCAGGAGGCCGAGCCCGCCGUUGAUAAAUCCGAUCGGCGGUC